AGCAAGCUCAUAGUAAACCAGCUUGGACAGUGCAGAAAAGAAAAGUAAAUAUGAAAGCCCUCUUCCUCUUCUCCCUCACUUUAGCUUCCACAUUGUUUUUCUCCACCUCCCCCUUCUCCCAUGAAGCAUCAGAAGCUUUCCUGAAAACCGACUUGGAAACCUACAUUGUGUUUUUAGAGAAACCAGAAGGCCUACUAGAAUCCAACCUACAUGAGUGGUACACCACAUUCCUCUCGGAAACUACUUCAAGCUUAAUUCCAAGCCACCAAAGGAUCGUCCACUCCUACCGCAAUGUGAUCACAGGCUUUGCUGCUAAGCUCACCCCGCAAGAGGCCAAAGCAAUGGAACAGAAGGAAGGCUUUAUUUCGGCUAGAGUCGAGCGACCUGUAUCCUUCCACACAACCUUCUCUCCCAAGUUCCUUGGCCUGCAACAGAAUGAAGGAGCUUGGAAGUCCACGCAUUACGGCAAGGGAGUGAUUAUUGGCCUGAUUGACUCGGGCAUAAAGCACGAUCACCCUUCUUUCUUCGACAAAGGUAUGCCUCCCCCGCCAGCCAGGUGGGGAGGCAGGUGUGACUUCAACGGCAAGAAAACAUGUAAUAACAAGCUCCUCGGUGCUAGAAGCUUCUUAGAGGCCGGGGAUACCCCAGUGGAGAAGGCAGUACUCCAUGGGAGUCAUACUGCAGCAGAAGCUGCAGGGAGCCCUGUAGAAGCUGCCAAUGUGUUUGGACAAGCGAACGGAACAGCCAUGGGGAUCGCGCCAAAAGCCCACUUGGCAAUGUACAAGGUCGAUGAAACUGAUAGUAGCGUAUUAGCAGCUAUUGAUGCAGCUAUUGAGGAUGGCGUUGAUGUGCUUUCAAUCUCAAUGGGUAACUUAGUUCAUUAUCCUUUCUUUGAUGAUGUGUUUGUAUUGGGAGCAUUUAGAGCCAUCCAGAAGGGUAUCUUUGUGAGCUGCUCUGCUGGAAAUGGUGGACCCUUACCGAGUUCAGUAACCAACGCAGCGCCAUGGAUUCUAACCGUCGGAGCAAGUACGAUCGAUAGGGAGAUCAGGGCGACGGUGACGUUGGGGAACAAUGUGGAGCUCCAUGGCCAAUCCCUCUUCCAGCCUACGAACUUCCAUUCAAAGCAGCUGCCAAUUGUGGACCCUUCUACCUACAGUUCAUCAGCAGCAUUUUGUUGGGAAGGGUCACUGAAGAACAUUGACGUGAAGGGCAAGAUAGUCAUAUGCCAUGUGGUAUCGAUAGCUCUGAUAACUGCCCAGGGGCAAGAAGUGAAGGACAACGGAGGAGCAGGCGUGAUCUUGAUCAACCGUGCGGAAGACGGCGACACUACUAGUCCUGAACCUCAUGUACUCCCUGCAUCGAACCUCGGUUACAAGGAUGGAUUGCGCGUCCUCGAUUACUUGAACUCCACGUCAUCCCCAACUGCAGCAAUCUCAUUCCAAGGUACCUUGAUUGGCAAGUCGAAAAUCGCUCCACGAGUGGCCUCUUUCUCCUCCAGAGGUCCCAACCUGCAAUCUCCCGGGAUCCUGAAGCCGGACAUCAUCGGCCCCGGGGUCAACAUUCUGGCUGCUUGGGGGGAAUCAGUCGACAAUGCUACAACCCCAUUCAACGUGGUAUCAGGAACUUCAAUGUCUUGCCCACAUCUGAGUGGAGUUGCAGCUCUGAUCAAGAGUGCUCAUCCCAAUUGGUCCCCUGCAGCCAUAAAGUCGGCCAUUUUGACCACCGCUUACACCUACGAUCUCGACUACAACCCGAUCUCCACCGAGCAGAACGUUCCUGCCACGGUCUUUGACAUGGGUGCGGGCCAUGUGGACCCACCCAAGGCGCUGAACCCAGGGCUGGUCUACGAUAUCGAGCCGGAUGACUUUGUUCCAUACCUCUGUGGGUUGGGUUAUGACGACAAGCAAGUGAGAAUGAUCGUGCAGCGGAAGGUGAACUGCUCGAGUACUGGGUCUUCGAUACCGGAGGCUCAGCUGAACUACCCGACAUUCUCCAUCUCGCUGGGUGCUGGCGAGCAGAAGAAGACGUACACUCGAACGGUUACUAAUGUUGGCCGGCCUAACUCGAGGUACAUGAGCGUGGCUGAUUCGUGGAAAGGGAUUCUCGACGUUGAAGUCGCUCCUAGGGAGAUAUCGUUCAAGGAGGUGGGAGAGAAAGCGAGUUACUCUGUUACGUUUACCAGGUUGGGGAAUGUGACAGCAAGUGACAGUACUGCUGUUCGUCAAGGUUACUUGGUUUGGGCUGGUCAUGAUGAUGAUGGAAGUAAGUACGUGGUGACGAGCACCUAUGUGGUUGUCUUUGUUUGAAGAGGAGUUUAUAUACGAACUACGAGCCACUUUACUUGAAGCACAGGUAAAUAAGAGAGCAGAGUUUCAUAUUUAAAUCUGUUGUUGUCGUUGCGAGCAAUCUGUUUAACAUUGUACCUUCGGAGUAGCUAGUCCACAUGAAUGGAGCCAUUACAAAAGGUGUAUUUUUAUGUGGCAUGAAGAAAGGGGAUGCCAGUAUAAGAUCUCGAUAUUAAAAUAGCGGGCGAAGAUCGAAUACAUAAAAGAUUAUCAGAAAGUCUAUGAAUUUUCUUAACUCGAUCUAAGGUCGAGAAACCAUAGAAUCUGAGGACGCAAAAGGUCAUCUAGAUUGCCGAGCAUGACGUGCAUUGGACAACUAAAGCCAACCUGCAUCUUUUUGUACAAUUGAACUUCCUAAUUUUGAGCAAGGUGAGCUUCCUAAUUCUAACUUCUUAUUUUUUGUCCCAGCAUGACGUACACUGUAGCCUAAUUUCCCCCAUUUGUGUGUCUAGAUGAACUUCCUAAUUUUAAACAAGCUUGGAAUGGUAGUGUUUGAUUUCCUUUGCUUGGCUGGGGAAGAAGCUUCAACAGUAAAAUUGUGGCUUUAUGUUCCCCCCCCCCCCCCCCCCCCCCCCCCCCCCCCCCCCCGCCCGUUUCUUCUGCAAAAGAGUCGUAUGCUUGAACUUUUCAUGAUCUGCCUGUCCUUGUUCUUGAUGUCCGAGACUCUGGAUAGUCCCUCAUUUGUCUAGUUAUGCUGUAAUGUGCCUGCUUGAACUUGUUACUCCUGUUCUAUCUUUUUGUUUCUCAAAUGUAUACCCACUGUCUUUAUAUGGUAACUCAUUUCUGCUACCAAGUCAUAUUGCUCAGGGGCUGUUGGCAGUGCCCAGAAUAAUCCACAGGUUGGCUCAUGGAGGCUGGGCACGUCCUUCGACAGAACAUCCGAAGCCGAUGAUUGGACGGUUGGUUGUAAGCCACCCGGCAGAGGGAAGGCGAAUCGUGCAGAUGCCAGAGACAAGUAUCACCAUUCUUCUGGAUGUGGAGGAAGAGGUUAUGCUUCUUGAUGACACACCAGAUGAAGAAAAGACAAUAAUCUCCAUACUGCUGCUUAAACUUGUACUUGCGCUGCAAUCUUAAGGAUAUGUUCCACUAUAGUCUAUAUGAACAUAAUAUCUGAUUCCACACAUGGAUGAGUGUUCAAGGUAUGCAGAAACUAGCCAUGCAACUGCGAGAACUUGAAUCGUGACCGUGAAGUCUAUAUCAAAUGCGAUAAGAGAAAUAGAGCUACUCCAUGUGAAUGGAGUCAUUACGAAAGUCAUGUAUUUCGAUACAGCAUGUAAAUACCUGGAUGGUUGCAGGCAGAAUGAGAAAAGAAGGUAGAUACCAGUGUCCAAUCUUGCAUAAAAGGUUAUAGAAAAAGUCCUAUGAAUUUUCUUGAACUGAUUAAAGGUUGAGAAACGGUUGAUCCAACCUAUGAUAACUGAUCUGCCGUUUGUCCUGCAGAUUAUCCAUCAUCUUCUUUCGUAACCAAUUUCUAUUGUCCCACUCGCCCAGGAUACUAAACACAGACGUGGAAGAAACACUCCAUACCAGAAGAAAAUAUUUUGCGUUCCUGGACAUGGACGAAAUGUCAUUACUCAUCAUCGUUAGCAACAGUAUUAUCAUAAUGCAGAAAAUGCCACAAAAGUAGUUUACAACAUUCUCUGUGGCCCUGUUGGGGGUUUCUAAAUAGAUGCUAGUGACCAAAAUUAUUAGUAUUUUGUAAUGUAGAAGAAGGGAAUUUACCACAUCCAUUGCUGGUAUCAUGGCCAUUAUCAUAACUAGAAACCAUUAGCUGGUUGUCAUUUACUUGAGGAGUGUCUCACUAACACAUCCUGCAGAUUGAGACAUGCAACAGAUCAGAUAAUUACUUUCACCCUUCCGCAAGCUUCCUUCAGUAAAGACUAGAGUUAAAA